UUCAGCAUCAAGCAGAGAAAGGCUGCACAGCUGUUCAUUUAGCCACAAAGUAUGGCUACACGACCAUCGUCGAGACCUUGGUUGCCCACGGAGCAGAUCUGAAUUUCCAAUCCAUUGAUGGACAGACUUGUCUGCAUGAAGCCGUCAGACUUGCAGGUCAGAAGAACAGCAAAGUUGAAGAAACGGCAGCACUUAAAAUGAUCUCAGAUGAGUUUUAUCAAAGCGGACUGUCGCCCAAGCAAGCUCUUGUGUUCUAUCUAUUGGACCAUGGGGCAGAGCCCAGUGUAAAAGAUAUCCAAGGAAAUCUUCCGUUCCACUAUGCCAAGGAUGAAGUUGUUCGUCAAAUGAUAUUCUCAAGAUCUCCAGAAAUCGAUGUCAUCACAGCCUAUCGAGCUGAAGAGUCGGUAGCUCAAGUGGCCCACGAAGUCUCGGCUGAUGUCGGAUGCAACGGUAAAGUUCUUGAGUUGGAACACCAUGGCAUUAUGAUGGUUGUUCCGUCAGGAGCUAUUGAACCGAACACAUCGUGCAGGAUCACCUUGUGUCUCGUGAGGGACCUCCCGAGCGUCGACAUCCAAGAUGACACCUCAAUGGUGGCCUACGGGAUCAGGUGUGAUCCCCCGAGCGUUGUCUUUCGUCAACCUGUCAAGAUCAAGAUUCCACACUUCACCUUCAUCACCAAUCCUGAUCAGGUCACGCCCGACAUCGUUUCCCAUGUUUGGGACGCCAAAAAAGGGUUGCCAAGAUUAUCAAGGACCAAGUCCUCUCCUACACCUGACAAACUGCCACACUGCAUGGUUCUUGAGAGGCAUCUGGAGUUGUACAUCAAUCACUGCGCCGAGUGGUGGGUACUUAUCCCUCUUGAACAACAGGUUGUCCAGCUUCAACUUGUGUGUACCCCAUACGUUCCGGAUAAGAUCGAACGAGGCAAAGGUUUUGAUGUUCAUCUUUACCUGAAUGCAGAUAUCCCAGGAGUAGAUAUGGAGGUUGAGAAGGAGGAAAAGCAGCGUGGAUACCACAGGGCCCACCGCCCUUUCCCAGUCUCUGUUGAUGCUAAAUCUGGUGACCUUUCUGUGACCUUUGACUGUGAACCUGAGAUUAGUCAAACUAAGCUGCUCCUGCUCAAAGAAAUUCACAGUGGAAUCAGGCAUUGCUUAUCACUUCCAAUAUCUUCCGAUGAAGAAGGCGCGGACUUCUCCGUUAUUAACGUUACAAUUUCACAAGGGGGAAGACUUGGGAUGUCACGAUCGUUAGCAUUCCUCGUCAGGUGCACAGAUAACUUGGGAGUGGAGUCUACCGAGCCGGUUUCAUUUAUUCGAGCGGUGGAAGAGGUCUCAGACAGCGCUCUCCCCGAUAUUGACAUCGUCACGAUAGCCCAGUUAAUGACUGUGAAUCAAUUCUAUGACCUGGGCGUGGCUCUUGGCUUCACCAUACAGCAGUUGGACGUUAUCGAAUACAGACGAUUCCGAGACAGACAGCAAGCCAUCUAUGAUAUGCUAGUGGCGUGGAGGAAGAGACAGACCUCCGGGCCAGUGGCCAAGGAAACGUUUCUUUCGCUUAUGAAGUCUCUGGAAACGCCUCUGAAGCCAUCAGACAUAUCAGCAGGAACUGGCGAGGUUCCAGACAAGAUGCUUCUUGCGCUUGCCCGUCAGAUCAAAGCAGAUAAGUUCUUCGAGAUCGGUAAAAAGUUGGGAUUCAACCUAACAGAACUACAGCACAUAGAGCAUCGCACGUGUGCCAACAGGAAGGACGCCAACAUCCAGAUGCUCUCCAGCUGGAAGGCAUCCCAACCGUCCGGACCCGAAGCGAUAGAGGCUUUGAAACUGAUCUGGAAGUCCACCCAAGCGGCAUCAAAAUCUGAGAAAUCAAAUGAUGAGGAAACUUUGCGUGAAAAGGUGCCGACUGUAACGAAACAUGUUGGUAAAUAUCCACCCACCGAUAAAACAGAGGCAGGGUUUGUGGAGAUCAUCAGAAUCACAGAUUUAGAUCACCUAAACUCUAAAGAUGACAUCAGUAAAUCUGGGGGAUCCCCAUCGACACAGGAGCUUUGUAACGUCGCAAUGGCAGUCAAGAGCUUGCCAGUGGCCUUGGAACUUGGAAGAGCUCUGUGUCUGGGGGACGAUGUCAUCGCCGGAUUCCUUGAGCUCCCGGACCCGUCGGCUCUGAGUGAUACUGCAAGACGACUGGUUGAGGAAUGGUUGAAUGGUUUAGAUCAAAUGGGUAGGGGCAACAGAAGGGCCGAGCUUCUGAAGGAAUACAAUCUUCAUCAAGGACCAAAAGAUGAGGCUCUUGUAGACCUCUACAGAAAGAUUACUUCUAUGUCUGAUCUCCUGCACCUUGCUUCAUACCUCGGCUUGGGUUCUGCGGACAUCAUGCAAGUCAUAUGCAGGACGGUGACCUUGCCCACGCACGUCAUACGUCCCAUUGUUCAUCAGAUGCUCGUGGAAUGGCUCCGUCGAGGUGGCACCCGUGGGAGACUGCUGGAGAUCGUACUUGCCUUCCAUUUCAACGAUGCAGCGGAGAGCAUUGCUGCAACUAUUAAAGUAGAUCCAAUCUUUGUGGAGGUGAUCUCAAGCAGUAUCUUAGAUCAUAGGGGAGGUGUCGUCGAGCUGGAUGAACUGGGUGUCCGGGUGUCCAUCCCUUCGGGGGCGCUUCACCGGGGAAUGAGAUCGGUGGUUACCGUCAGGGUACCAAGCGAGGGCGCCGCAAGGGUUCCCCUUCGGGAGGGCGAGGUACUGAUCACGCCGGUUGUGGAGUGUUCCUUGACCCAGGAGCUUCUCAAGCCUGCCACGGUGGUGCUUCCGCACUGCAUCGGUCCAAAACAGAGAAGAGAAGGGUCUGAGGUGAUCCUCUACACGAAAACAGGAAUAGGAUCCUUCAAUCGAAGAAGGUUGCUCCCGCAUUCAUCGAAAGGCUUCCAGUUCACCAAAGACAAGGUGGAAUUCACUACGAACCAUAUUCAACUCUGGGCCUUGGCAUCCACCAAUCUCCUUGGAGUUCAGUUCAGGUGUGCAAUCUUCCAGCCGAUCAUCAUGCCUAGUUCCCGGAGAGCAGUACUGCGUGUUUACGUCAUUCACCCGUACAAGAGAUGUGUCAAGGACAUAGAAAGAGCGGAAGAACAGUUAGCAGAACCUUUCUGCCCUGUAGCGAAUGCUACCAACUUCUUCUUGGAAUCUACCACGACGGAUAUAUCAAUAUGUUUCAAUGAUGGCUUCAAAGACCAACAAAAAUCGAUUCCUGUUAAGAAUCUACUGGAGGAGGAAAGCAAUAUCCUGAGUUUUGAGCUUGAGUUCUCUCCAUUUGAGGAUGGAAAGAAGAGCUUUAGUUUCUCGAUCGAGCAGGGGUCAUCCAUGCUUGCAGAGCAGAACUUCAUUACUUCAAUAGAAGUUGAGCCGGAUUAUGGAGUUCAUGUGAUUGAUGAGCAAGGACAUCAGCACUAUGCUUCGGACACGCUGCUCAAAACCGUGACGAACAUCCUCUCCCUUCCCAAUGAGGUGCAGGGUCUGGGCUAUCAGCUCGGCUUCCCGCAUUUGGCCAUCGAGCGGUACCUCAACCGACCGGAUGCGACCUUCAACAGUGUCUCAAGGUCGGGUUUCGAGGAGAUGCUCCGGGACUGGAGACGUCGGAUCAGACCGGGAGAUCAGGCGGAUAAAUUACGUAGCGCCAUGACGGCUGCUGGGCUGGAAUCUGCAGCGGACGUCUGUCUCCAUGGCCGUGAGUCAUCGGUGAAGUUUGCGCAACUGAGAAGAGCUAUCCAGGACAAAAUCUAACAAAAAAACUUCAAGGCACCUACCUACUUUACUGUGAGAUACUGUCAAAACUGCUCAUUGACCACCAGGGGCUCGUUUCUCAACACCGUCAUAAGUCUAACUUCUUGAAUAAAUCGCAGAUAGUGAGCUACUUGUCUGCUAUCCGUUUCACGAAGUCCUCUUUGCCAAGAUGGGCGACAACAACCUGACUAAAUAUUGAUGACACCUCUGAACCUGACAUAACUUCUUAAUGAUGUAGUGGCAUCAUGUGGGUAGACUAUGACAUGCAAAAGUGCUUCGAAAUUUGAAAAUUAUUAUCUUACGUGAUCAAUCGUAGAAGUUGAAAUUACAUCGCAAACCAGAUGUGAUAGAUCAUUCAAUAAUAAUUGUAAUGCACAGAAACUGUUUCUGUUUAAGGUAAAUCCUGCAGGAACUCGGCAGGACAGCAUUUUGCUGGUAAAUGCCAAGCUGGUAUAUACCCAAUUACUGAGGAAAAAUUUUACGUCUAGGUUAAUCAGUCAUAGUGACUGACGUUAUAGAAGACGGAUAUCACUCUCGGGCCUUGUUAUCAAAGUGGCGACAAUGGCAGAAUUGAGAUUCGAACUAACAACCUUGCGAUUAUGAGUCCAAAGCUCUAACCACUGGACCACACGAAACUUGGUAAAAUGCAACAAACCUGCAUUAUUGACAACCUGGGGCCAGUAACACUAAGUUCAGGGAUUAAUCGUACGCUUGAUUUUCACGAUUGAUUGUACAUUGUAGUCAAUGGAAAUCAAUCAUAAAAAAGAUGUUCUACAAUGGUUGCUGAAGUUGGUGUUACCAUGACUACCUGACUAUAAAGAUCACAAGAGGGAAAGAAAU